AGCAGGGGGGGGUGUGAGUGAGUGAGCAGGGGGCAUCGAUGCCGGGCGACACGUGAGGAGCGGACAAGGAGACACACUUGUACACACUUGUACAGACUUGCCCUCCGCCCCCGCGCUCGCCACUCUCAGAUGAAGCAGCGGCGCCGCACUUCCCUGGUUUUGCUUCGGGGUUCGCUGUGUGGACAGAUGCAUACAAAUGCAUUUAGGAACCCAGAGGCUAAAGGAUAGAUGGAUCUGGCCCCCCGCCGGAAGGAAACUCCUCCUCUUCCUGGUCACAAUAUGCAUGGCUCUGGGAGUUGUACCUGCCCACUCACGAGGUGUAGACGUUCUGCAGAAUCUUGGCCUGACAGACACCAGAGCGUUGCUGACAUCUUCUCCAGGAGCAUGGGCAGGGGUCUCAUUACCUCGGGGGGUCAACGUGGCAGAGACGGGCAUUACCCUGUCCGGCGCCGGGCUCCUUGAGGCACCGACGGAGGUGGCCAUGCCAGGGAUGACAGGAGGUGACCUGUCCAUCGUGGUCAGUCUCCGCUCACACCGGCCCAACAACGCCUUCCUGUUCACCAUCAAAAACAGAAACAGACUGCAGUUUGGAGUCCAGUUGCUGCCCAGGAAACUGGUUGUGUACGUGGAGGAGAAGCCCUCUGUGUAUUUUGAGUUCAGUGCCCACGAUGGCCGUUGGCACACGUUUGCCAUUGGAAUCAGCGGGAACGUGGCCUCCCUGUACUCAUCGUGCGGUGCCAACUCCUCGCACAAGUCUCUCCCCGCCCGCCUCCCGGCCUUCCCUCCCGGCAGCCGGCUAACUCUGGGGAGGAUGAGCUUGAAGUCGGAGUCUUUCCAAGGCACCAUUUGCCAGCUGGACUUCUACCCCGACGCUGAAGCCUCCUCCAGCUACUGUGACCACGUGAAGAAUCAUUGCCGGCGCGCCGACACGUACCGAUCGCUCCCCACCGCGGCCACUCACCAAGUGUCGCCGAGCUCCUGGACAACGGCGAGGGGAGAGAUGGUAACAGCGCCGGCGCUGGUCAGUCCCCGAGAUAUGGCGCCUGGGAACACGUAUGUAACUGCGGACACGUGGACAGUGUCCACCCUGUCACCGUUGACCUCGGCCAGCCGACCGGCCACGCACUCUGGUGAGGCGGUGAGACUCCACCAGGACGGGCAUGGCCAGGUUGACCCUGGCGUUGUCCCCACCGCCAGCCACCCGGCUAUCGGCAAGUCCCAAUCACCGGCCAGUGGUGCCGAAACUCACGGCAAAACCACGUCCAAUGCUCAUGAGCUGCUACGUUCUAGCCAAGAAUUGGAGAGACAGGGGGAAGCUAAACCCUCCCAGGCCGUAGGCCACAUCUCACAGCAAAUACACACGAUCAACGCCACAUUGUACCGGGCAGCGGAGGAGAUGUCUACACAAGACCUGGACCAGGAAUGGGGUCACGAGGCUCAUUCUGCCCUGGCUCUAGACUCGGCUGAAGCCAUGGAUGACAUUGAGAUUGAAAACUACCACUAUGAUUACGAGGACUUCCUGGAUUAUUUCGACCACGAUCAGCUUGGGCCCAAGGGAGAGCCAGGACCACCCGGUCUUCCAGGAAUGCCUGGUCCUCCAGGGUCACCGGGGAGACGGGGGCCGCGGGGGAUUCCCGGAGCACAUGGCAAUCCAGGCCUGUCCGGUCCACCAGGCCCCAAGGGUCACAAAGGAGAGCCGGGCUUGUUCCCCACGAAAGCAUCGCGUGGAGAGCAGGGCGAUGCGGGCCCUGUGGGUCUGGCUGGAUUACCUGGACCCCCAGGCAAAAAGGGUUCCAAAGGAUACCAAGGCUUGCCCGGACCUCCAGGGCAACAGGGUCCAGCGGGAUUGGAUGGCAACCCUGGAGAGCGAGGCUAUCCUGGAAGGCAGGGCUUGGUUGGUCCAGAGGGCAUUCCAGGGCCGAAGGGCAUAGGGGGGUUUAUCGGACCCCCAGGUGUGGGCGGACCCCCCGGCCCAGAAGGUAAAAAGGGCAUUCUUGGUCCCAGAGGAAUGAAAGGUCCCAAGGGGAGGAUGGGAUAUCCGGGUUCAGGUGGAGCUCGAGGACCUCCUGGUGCUGACGGCAUUCCGGGCAAAGUUGGCGGCGUUGGACAACUUGGAUUCCCCGGCCUUCGGGGUGCAGUGGGCCUACCGGGAUUAGCGGGCCUCCCAGGAAUACCAGGACCUCAGGGUCUGGUAGGCAACGUGGGCCAGCCCGGAUUGAAAGGUGAUAAGGGCAAUCUGGGGUUGCUGGGAGCUCCGGGGGAGAGAGGAUUCCCUGGAGACCGGGGCACCGUUGGCCUGGCGGGACCACCUGGGGCGAGAGGGAAGCCAGGACCACAGGGUAAAAUGGGUGAUACUGGACCACAGGGUUUACCAGGACUGCCAGGACCCGAGGGUUUCCCAGGAGAUAUCGGGCUGCCGGGCCCGAAUGGAGGUGAAGGUUCAAAGGGCGAGGCUGCAGAGAGAGGUCCACCAGGACCACUUGGAUCAAAGGGCCAGGAGGGAACUGAAGGACCGCUUGGGCCAGUGGGGAACCUGGGGCCUGUUGGCAGGCCAGGUCGGAAAGGCUACGCCGGAGAGGACGGGGUUGAAGGCAUUAAGGGUGAGCAGGGAGACGUGGGCAACAUUGGGAAGAUCGGAGAGCUGGGCCCCGAAGGGCUGCCGGGACAGAAGGGACCUCCUGGCAUUCUCGGAGAAAAGGGAGAUCGAGGAGAUCCUGGGCCUUUGGGGCUACCUGGCGAGAAGGGUUCUGUGGGUUACAUGGGAUCACCAGGAACCUCCGGUCCAGUCGGCCCAGAGGGUCAGCCCGGUGCUCCUGGACAAAGAGGGCCUCCUGGGCUACAGGGUGUGAAAGGGAGAAUGGGACCAAGAGGCAUGGACGCACUACCCGGGGAACAAGGACCUCCAGGUAAAAAGGGGGAGAGAGGUGAAGCUGGAACUCGUGGAGACACAGGACUGAUUGGAAAGGCCGGGAAUCCAGGGCCGCAGGGAGCGCCAGGUCCAGCAGGAUUGAGUGGACCUCCUGGCAACAGCGGGAAUAUGGGACCGUACGGCAUACCAGGGCUGCGGGGCCCGAAUGGUGAAGUGGGCUCAACUGGGGACAUUGGUGCCGAGGGACUUCCUGGGUCAGAGGGAGACGCAGGUCACCAAGGAGAGCCCGGAUCAAAGGGUGAAAUUGGUCCCCAUGGCAAUGAGGGUGAAUCGGGGCAAGCUGGAGCGAGGGGUGAGCCAGGACCCGCCGGAGAGGAUGGACCUCAAGGGAAAGACGGAGUCAAGGGCGAUCCCGGCAAUGAGGGCCCUGGAGGCGAGGGGGGAGAUCGAGGUGACGGCGGAGUGCGGGGCACUGCCGGAAGUCCCGGCACUCCUGGAAUCAACGGCUUGCUGGGGCCAGAGGGGACGCAAGGGAAACGUGGACAACAAGGUCGCGCGGGAAGAAAGGGAAAGAAGGGCCCGCAGGGGUCUGCAGGGGAGCAGGGCGAGCCCGGAGAGCGAGGGAGACCAGGCGACCAGGGGCCGAAGGGAGUGCGCGGGACGCGGGGAGCCACGGGACUUCCUGGAAUGAUGGGUCCAACGGGAGAAUCAGGACUCGUGGGAUAUCAUGGCCACACUGGACCGGCGGGUGCUCAGGGCCCACCUGGACCCAAGGGCGAGAAGGGCUAUCCCGGAGAGGACAAUCAUCUCCCUGGACUACCUGGGCAUCGAGGUGAACCAGGUCCCGCCGGUCCACGCGGAGAGCGCGGUGAACCAGGGGCCCACGGCUACCAGGGUCACGCUGGUGUACAUGGACCAAGGGGCAAUGUGGGCCAACAAGGCCAGCCGGGCGAUCCUGGCCAAAGUGGCACAGCAGGCGUGAAAGGCGAGAGAGGAUGGAAGGGUUUGAUGGGGAAAAAGGGAGCUCGUGGUGAAGCGGGAUCUGCCAGUUUACCGGGAAUGACAGGUCCACCCGGUGCCAAAGGAGCGGUGGGAUACCAUGGACCAGGAGGGAAUCCUGGGAGAGUUGGAAAACCGGGAAUUCCUGGAAUCCGUGGGCCAUCUGGGGACCUGGGUGAUGUUGGAGUGACGGGCGUGGAUGGAAGUCCUGGAGCGCAGGGAGCUCGUGGCGAACCCGGACCGGUGGGAAACAGUGGCCAACGUGGACCAAAGGGGGAUCGAGGUUUGCAGGGCCAGCCAGGUUUCCAGGGGAGGGGCCGGGGCCUGGCCGGAGUGCCGGGGGACCAAGGGGCCAUGGGGGAGCCCGGUCCCAAAGGUCGAAGUGGAGACGUUGGCGAUGUGGGUUUGAGAGGCUUCCAGGGGUUCAUUGGCCCAAAGGGUCCAAUCGGAGAUGUUGGCUAUCGAGGAAUUCGCGGGCCAAAGGGCCCCACUGGGUUAUUUGGAAUCCCGGGAGUGAUUGGACCGGCUGGGAUCGUCGGUCCUGCAGGAGCGCCGGGCCGAAAAGGAGUAAAGGGGACCAGGGGCGAGCUGGGCCCUGAAGGACCUCGUGGACAGCCGGGACCGCCCGGACCUCCGGGUUCUCCAGGACCGCUGAGGCAUGUGGACAUUAACUCAGCCAUUCAAGCCUUGAUUGCCAGCAAUGAAGCUCUCCGCAUUGAGAACUACCAGAAUACGGAGAUUCCCUUCCUGGAGCAAGGUGUGGAGAUAUUCAAAACCCUUCAGGAUCUCAACAGCCUGAUGCACAGUCUGAAGAACCCGCUGGGAAAGAGGGAACAGCCAGCCCGCGUGUGCCGAGACUUGCUCCAGUGCGACCACAAGCUGCACAAUGGCUUGUAUUGGAUCGACCCUAACCUGGGCUGCCCAUCAGACACCAUCCAGGUCAUCUGCAACUUCACCGCCGGAGGCCAGACGUGCCUCCAGCCCGUCCGUGCGUCCAAGCUGGACUUUGGAAUUGGCAUGGUGCAGAUGAACUUCCUGCACUUGCUGAGCUUGGAGGCGGUGCAGACCAUCACAAUCCACUGCCUGGACUUCCCAGUGUGGACCGACCCCUCUGACAGCAAUCCCCACGCCAGGGCCAUGCAGUUCACAGGCUGGAACGGACAAGUAUUCAAGGCAAACACACUGCUUCAGCCCAAGGUCACCUGGGACGGCUGCAAGGUUCGGGAUGGGACGUGGCGACAGACACGGUUUGUGUUCCACACCCAGGUGGUGAGCCAGUUACCCAUCGUGGAGCUGCGGCCCCCCCCGCCCACUCCCCAGCCCACUGCCCGCUACCGUGUCGAAGUCGGACCCGUCUGCUUCCUGUGAGCGGGCGGGCGCUGGCUGAGCGCGGGCGGGCGGGCGGGCCCCUCUCCACAACUCUGCUGCCAUGGAUCUGCUUUCAAAGAGCUAGCUGAAGGUUUUUGAAGGAAUUACCUCUUGAUGACUGUGAAAAAAAUACAGGAACGAACGAUUUCCUUUGUUGUGGUUCUGAUAGUGAACCCGACGUCUCAGGUAGCACGCAUUGGGCGGCCCAGGAAGCAGGUCGUCGCAGUCGGCGUGGACGCACGCAUGGAAACGCACGAUCCCCGCGUACACCGGUCCAAAACUGAAGGGAAAGGCAACUUCUUUGGGGAUAUCUAGAUUGUGACUUUGCAUCAGAGCGCACACUUCAAGCCCAAGACGUCAAUGGUUGGCGCUGCAGACAUGCUGGGCUAUCAAUCUUCCAACGGCAGAGGUCUGGGUGACUAGGGCCUCGUUAGAACCACAUCCACAAGAGGCCACUACCUCCAAUAUGUUGCCACUUGUGUUGGCCAGGGUGGAGUUGGUGGUGUGCCCACUGCCUUGACCAGUCCAUGGAGAGUUGGUUGUCUGGGCUGGUGCUUGCCCGAUGUUGAGCACCCUCUCUCUUCCUGUGGACCUCCGUACACGAGGGUUCAGCCAGCCCCAGGUAUACUCAACCCAGGUAGACUUAACCAGCCGAGCCCCACUGGUAUUCCCACUGCCCCGCUAACUUCCCAACAACCCAGGACAAUAUUGAAGCGGCCAUUGGGCAAGCAAGCAUCCUUGGCUGGAUCCAAUGGUGAUGGAAGCUGGUGAAGGUGCCGGAGGUGACGGACAUUGGAUCAUCGAGCCUUCCGUCAAGGAUCAGCUUGCCUGUGCUUAGAAAAUAGGUGCAGGAGGCCAUUCGGCCCAGCUUCGGGCCCUUCACUCAUCAUCUCCCUCUGAUGGGGCCUCUUCCGCACCGGGCUCCUACAUGUGCUGCCCCCGGUGACCGGAGGGUGGUGGGAGGGGGGGCUGUGGACGAGCGGAGGGGGGGGGGGGGGGGGGGGGGCGAGGACGUUACUGCUGCCGUUUCCCCAUCACACCGACUCUCAGCAUCUCAAGCUGCGGCUGGAAUUCUGCAGCUGGACAUUGGGCACGGAAUGCCGGGCAUUGACGGCAAGAGACACCAGGCACUUACCCAUGGUGGGACCGGGGUCUGGGGACCCCCAGAACUAUUGGCCAGGUCGUGUCUCCAAGAUUCCUGCACCUCCACACAGCCGACCAUCCAACACAGAUCCUGACAAUGUUGAUUUAUUUCCCAAACUGUAUGUACUGGCUACAUCCAAUCAUUUCUGUUUUAAAAGUACUUAUUUGGACUUUGAGAGUUGUACAGCACAGAAACGGGCCCUUCGGCCCUUCGGCCCAUGCCAGAGGUCGGUUUUACCUCCACAAACAUUAUUUAUAUGAAUGUGUAAUUAUGUUGACUCUCUCCAGUCUGUGGAUGUGCUGUAUAGAUUGUAGAAAAUGCAUAGUAUUUGUAGAUAGACAGCAAGGCUUGACUAGUGAACGGAAUAUAAGAAAACGAUUGCUUGCUAAUCAAUUGUGAGGAUACAGCUUGCUACUAUAUAUUAAUUAAUUAAAUCUCAAUCAACAACAA